AUGAGCAAAGAAAACUACACUAGUACUGAUGUGAGUCCAGAAAAAGGGUUCUUUGGAAGUGUUAUGUACUGAAGUUCUCACCCUGGGCCAGCAGGGGGAUACUGUGGAUAGUUUUCACUCAGGUCCACAUAUGCAAAUAAAGAGAUCGAAAGUGACGUUCAGUGAUUGGAUAGUUACAGAAAGUGGUUACUGUUGCGUUGUAGUGGAGCUCUAUAUAAGCAGGCUGGCUGAACCCUUCAGUUCAGUUCUGUUCUGGCCUGUGAAUAAACAAGAGCUGUUUGAAGAAUCGCUGUGUCGUCUGAUAUGUUCACCCACAACCUAACAGGAAGAACUUUGCAAAAGUUCAAAAUACCCUUGGCACUUAUAGGGAUCCAAUCCUCAGCAGCUUAGUGGCCUGUUCUGUAUCUUGAAAGAGGAUUCCCUGGCUUGAAACACUCCCUGCUUUAUUAUCACCCCCACCCUCUCUUUUUUAGCCCUACAAAUGAAUAAUUAAAAUGAUUGCAAUUUGCAAAGUAAAUUACACCAUUAGCAACUCAGGAAUUAAUAAGCAGGGAACAAAGAGAAUAAUAUAUUGAGAGGCUGACAAGGGGGAAAAUAACAAUAAAUCUCCUGGUAAUUCACCACUCUUAGGAUUUUAAUUUUGAGUUCUCCACUCCCAGCUAUCCAUUCUUAUUGCACAUCCAUCAAAUUCCUGAUGAAUAUAAAGGAUCACCAUAUUUCAUGUGUAAGGUUGCAGGUAGGGAGGAGCAAUAGCAUGGGAGUCUAGAACUGUUGAUGACACAAUAGAGGGGCUUGUCCCUCCUGCUACUUCUGAGUCCCCAUCAUCUCUGCUUAAAGGCACCAGCAUCCAAAUCUCCAUUUCAAAGGCCCCCACAUUCUUACUUCAUGGCCAACCACUCCCCAGGACGCACUUUAACAAGUGCCAUAGCUUUUAAUAAAAGGCCUGUGUGAUUUAUGCCACAGUUUAUUCAUAGAUUUUAGGGGUUCUGUUUAAUUUCAGUAUCUCGUAAGAAGCAUUUGUCUUCAGCCCCCUUAAUAUUUACUGUUUACCUCCUAAGGGAGAAAGAAAAAGGAAAGGUAAGCAAGCAAUAUGUUCCCAUUCGUCAGGUUAACAUCCUUGGGCCUUAGGUAAAGAACAUAUCUGUCCUAUUGUGUUGCUCCAAACAGUGAAGAAUCCAAACAGAGAAUCACUGCAUUGCAAGAUCAAUCCCAGUCCAAAGAAAAGAUGAUUGAAUGCAGGCUUAGAGGUUAGGGAAAGUUAUUUCUUUUAAAAAAAAUCUAUCUUUACAACAAACAAAAACAAUUUGAAAAAGCAUGUCUGCAGUUUUUGAUUACGGUAAAUUGAAAGAGGAAUUUAAAUUUUUUUAAAAUGUGUGUGAUGUUUUUCAGAAGAGGUCACUUAUAAACAGAACAGCAUUGUAGGAUAUACAUAUUUAGGGUGUUGGGGAGAACAAUAAUGAAGACUGCAGCUAUUUGACUAUUUUAUUGUCCCAGUCUCUUGUUACUUCUCUGGCUGUGCUUCUUAUGUAUUAUGGGUGUGGAUUUGACAGAAAAUGAAUGUCAUGAGUAACAAAUGAGUAUUAAUUCAUGUUUUUCCAUUAUCCUGUUUAGAAUAUUGUAUAUUGGGGAGGGGACUUUUUCUUCUCUCUUUUUUCCUUUUUGGAAACAGCUGUCAAUUUCAGCAGCUAUCCCCUUGCAGUUGCCAUUUUACUUUCCCAGAAUGCUCUAGAUGUUGUACCCUUCCAGGGCCGUGCAGGGCAAAUUCAGGCCUGGGGGCCACAUCUAGGGUCUAUCUGGUCCUCAGGAUUCUCCACAGGCCACACCUUCCCAUCAGCAACACCUCUCACUCACUUGGCCUCACACCCUCUUCAAGUGUUUUUGCCGGUCUGGAAUGUGUCCUUAAACUCAGAUAACGUCUUUUGCUUCCCUUAAUGAAGUACAGAGAAGAGGAUGUCCAUGUCGAAACAAAACUGCUGUACGAAGACAACACUGAUAUGCAUUGCUCCACCCAAUUUUGCCCUUGGGUCUGCCCACCAAUGGUAUGUUGACCUUGGACAUUUGCACAGGAGAGAAUGUGUUCAUUGGGGGUAUAAAAUUUCCCCACCCUCUUCCAUGGCUUUCUUAAGGGAAGGGACUGUGACUGCCAUUUCCCCACCACCACCACCACCCCAGAAUUCCUCAGAACAAUGCAAUAGCCAAGGCAUUCUAGGAAAACAAAAUGGCAGCCGCCGGGUGCUGUCUGCUGAAAGCAGCUCUGCUGCUAUAGCUUCCAUAGGUGAAGGCACAAAAAAUUUGCAAAAGAAACAGGCAAUGAUGAAGAAAAACGAAUGAUGAAGGCAAAUUCAAGUGAAAGCUUAGGUGCUGUGCUUUUGCUCCUCCGGGCAGAGCGGGGCAUGAGGAGACCCUGCAACACCAGUCCUGCCAUGGGGAGCACAAAUGAUGAGUGAGUGAGUGCUUGUCUGUCUGUGGCAUAUGUGUAUUUGUGAUUGUUCAGCCUCCUGUCCUGUCCUCCCGAGCCGAGUGCAUGAAUGCGCUGUGCAUGUGGAUGUGUGAGAUGCUCGCAGGUUGGCCUGUGACCCUUGGGACCAGGGCCAACCCUCAAUGGGACCCUCAGAGGCUGAACAGGGUUAGCCACCACCGGCUGAAGCAAAAGUAAUGUAAACAAAUGAAUAAUGAAACUAACAAUGUUUUAAUAAUGAAAACAAAUGAAACAAAAAAUAAUUUAUGGCACACCCUAUUAUUUGUGUCGGCUCUCGAUUCGUCUUUUAUUUUGCUGUAUUUUUUUAUUCUUUGUUAUUAUCACAUUUAUCUUGGAUUUAUUAUUGUAAUUUUUUGAUUCUGUAAAGGGUAGGCUUUCUGCAGUUAUUUAACAUGCUGUAGUACCCCACAUUGUUCUAAUCUCUUUGUAGGCUAUCUAGAUUAUUUAUCUCUUGUUUAUAGAAUAAUUUUCCAUUCCCUUAACUUCGCUCAUUCAGUAUGUGCUCUUUACCUCCUGACUGCUUAAGCCUAGUUUUGUGUGUGUGUAGCAAUAUGUGCAGGUCCCAAGUAUAAAUGUUUCUAUGGUACUCGUGUUUAGUAAUUAAACUUUUUUUAAAAAUGGGUGGCAUUUAAAAGGGUAGUAAUCCUAUGGACGCUUAUCUGGGAGUAGGACCCAUUCAGCUCAAUGGGACAUACCUCAAAAAUCAUGCAUAGGAUUGUGCAUGUCUGCUGCAUCCCUAUACACACCCCCUGUGGAUGCAAUAUGGAAUAUCACAAGCCCCAUUGGGUCUAUUCAAAGUAUGGCCAAUUCUGGAUCCAAUCCACUGAGUUGUGUCCAGUGGGCUUUUUUCCCUUGGAGGGAGGCAACACCGUGAGAAGAAGACUGCAGAGAUAUAACCCAUCAGCUAGAAUAUAUAUUGUGUUUGAUGAUGAUGAUGAUUAAUUUCUACCCCACCCAUCUGGCUGGGUCUCCCCAGCCACUCUGGGCGGUUUCCAACAAAAGAUUAAAAAUACAUUUGAAUCCCUUUCUCUCUAUCUACUCUAUAUUAACAACAUUUAAAACUGGAUACAAAUCACACAAGGGUCUCAAAAAUACAAAUGUGAAACUGUCCUCACUCUGAAGACAUUCUUAAAACAAACAAACAAACAACCUUUGGCCAAAAAAGAGAGAGCUGGUUGGAUAAGCACAAGGGAUCAUACAUUGUUUUUAUUUUAGUGAUAGCUUUAACAAGGGCAAACUUUAAAGGAAAAGAACUGAAAAAAGACUAGAAUUGUAAAUAUGUACAACUGGUUGGAAGAUCAACAUGGCAGUGGGGAGAGAGAGAGAGAGAGAGAGAGAGAGAGAGAGAGAGAGAGAGAGAGAACGGAGUCACAAGGACAGUAGUGGAAGGGGAAGACAGAGGAGGGAAAUAAUGCUGUUUAUAAGAGCAAAAGUAUUCCUAAAACAAUGGUUUGUGAUCAUUUCCCUCCAACCAUUUUACAGCAAGCUCUGCAAAGAAACUUGGAUUACACAUGCUGAGCUCUUUUAGCAUAUCCAAAGUUAAAAAGGCAAAAGGCCUUUGAAAAGGAUGCAAAAAAACCCCCCACUGUGUCAAAUACUUCUUAAUAAAUGAAGCUUUUUAUCAAAGAUUAUGGAUAUCAAAGGUGACUGUAGAGAUGAUAUCAGAGGAAAAAGCAAGAGGGAGUUGCAAAGAGUGCCACAUGUGCGCUUCAAAGAGGACUCUGAAUUUAGAAUGGAAGUAUGUAUUUAGUACCUGUAGCAGUACAAUUUUAUGAAUGCCUGUAGCCAUCAAAUAUACUCCAUGGCAAAGCAAUGACAUCAAGUUUGUUGUUCUGAUGGCAUCCAUUUUUUGCCACACCUAUUCAGAUAUUAUUAUUUUGAAUGAAGCAGUAAGAGAAUACUAACUGCAGUAAGAGGAGAAUACUAACUUUGCACAUGACUGAUUCAUCUUCAUGUGCUGAUUGGUUUAUUGAGUGAAAAGUGGCUCUCAAACAUUUUUAUUAAGCCCAAUAAACCCCAAAUUAUAUCCUAGGGUGCAGUAUGCAUUCCAUGCUAAAUCUUCCAAAAGUGAGUACUUGUUUCUUUAGGUCAACUUGCUUCCUGUUGGUGGUUUAGAGGCUGUUCCUGCAACAAUAAAUUAUGCUUUUUUUCAUGACACCAAAUGAAUAUUUGGUUGCACAAAGGUAUGAGCAGCACUUUUUAAAUGAGCAUAAUAUCUGAAGUGUGUGUGAAGACAUGGACAUCGUGUGUGAAGCAUGGAGGAGAGGAUGGACUGAGAACGGCAGAAUCGGCAUUUGAAAUGGUGAAAUAUCUGCCUGUCCAUUAAAAAACCCUUGAAAGUGGGAAGAGGCUGUGCUCACUUGCAGGAGAAAAAGGUGCUCUUAGAUGCUCAGGCAUAGUCCAAUUCAUCUUGCAACCACACUUCUCUAACAUUGUAUAUCUUAGCAAUGGAAGUAUCAGAAACAUUUCCCUAUCCUUGAGGGCCACACUGUUUCUCACGUGCGCCAUUACAAGCAUGUUGAAUUGGAGCCUAGAAUUUUUCCAUUUGUCUUAAUCAGCUAAAUACAUAAAACAGGAUUAACUUGAGGGUAGCACAGUGGGAUGGCUUGUUUGCCUAGAGCUGCUGCACUCUGAACUUAGAUUAGUGCAAUGGAUCAGAGUGUGUAUGUGUGCAUGUAUGCGCACCUUCAGCUGCUCAGGCUCUUUAAGCAGAGAUAGUCAAAGAUACUUUGUUUCCUGAAGCGGACAAGAUUCUCUCCACCCCACAAAUAGAAACUAACUGGGCUGACGGCUGGAUUUUAGUUCAGCACUGGCAGUGGGACAGCACCUUCCUCUGCACCAGGCUAGCUGAGGCAGUCCCUGUGGAACAGGCACCCCCCAAACUCUGCCCUCCAGAUGUUUUGGGACUACAAUUCCCAACAUCCCUGACCUGUUAGCUAGGGAUGAUGGGAGUUGUAGUCCCAAAUCAUCUGGAGGGCCGAGUUUUGGGGUGCCUGCUGUAGAACAUACAGCUUUAUCUCCCGGCAAGGAACUGCUGCUCCUGACCCCACAACAUCUGUUGCCUGACGCAGCUGCCUGGCUCUGUCUAAUUGCAGAGCCAUCCCUGACCCUGGCAUGAAUAACAUGGACAUAUAUUUGGAGCCAUUUCAACAUAUACACAGAUCUUGAAAAUGAGAUCUGCAACGAAAAGUUUCAGUGCAGACUAGUGCUCCUAUUCAAAAUUACAGCUAGUCAACUGUGCCCUUUCCUGGAAUACUCCGUUCCAUUUCCCUCCCCCAUCACUUGCCUUUUCUCCUCCCCCGGCAUCCCAUGUAUAUACUGAUCAUGCUUAGUCCACAUUUUGGUGGGGGGUGGGGGCUGCCCUUAAAAAAAAUUGUUUCUACUUCUGCAAACCUUGGGAUUCAGCCAGCAUGUGGAUAUUCUAAUCACACUGUACAAAUAGCAUAGAAUCAUAGAAUUAGUUCAACUCCCUGCAAUACUGGAAUCUUUUGUCCAACGUGGGGCUUGAACCCAUGACCCUGAGAUGACAAAUCUCAUGCUCUACCAACUGAGCUAUAUUCUAAUCAUCAUUCCUGUUUCUCAAAAUAGCCCCAUUUGGGGUACCCAGCCAUCCAACAAAACAUUGCAGUGCAGAGUGCUCUCUGAUGUUCCACCAGUCAGGAAGCCAAGCCUUAUUUGCCUUUCUCUUUGCAUUUUUUUCAUCUUUAAAAGUCAGUAAAUAUCCAAUCAUCAUUGAACAUGCUGUUUCCCCCCACCUUGCCCCUUAGAUUUUAUUACCUAUUCUUUUUUUCCCCUUUUCUUUUUUUGGUACUUCUGCAACUUGGAGGUUCUCUCAGCCUGCUGACACUUCCCUCUUAUGUUUUGGCUACAUAAUGAUCCACAUAUGAGGAAUGAUUUUGUCAGCAGCAGUGUGGCGUAGUGGUCAGAGUGCUGGACUAGUGCAAUCCCCAUUCAGCCACUGCUUCUCAGCCCUACCUACACAGGGUUGUUGUGAGGAUAAGCUGUAGUGGGGGGGACAUAUUCACCCCCUUGAGCUCCUUGAAGGAAAGGUAGGAUAUGAAUGCAAUACUAAUAUUUAAUGAUAGAUUGUGCAUACAGUACUUUUUAUAGCUAGAUAUGAUGCUCUGAAAACUUAAUGCUGAUGCAAGGAAUACAAAAAACUGGUUGCACUUCUGACUUUUCCAUCUUUCUCUCUCUUUACAAAGAAAACCUUCCUUUGGGGAGAAGCUGAUGUAGCAUAA